AUGAAUAUUCGACCUCAUAUACCUCUGUCCGACGAGUUGUCAGUUGGUCAGCGCAUGCGCUCUGCGUCCCGAGCUUCCACGAACGAUGCUGAGUCCGUUGGAACAGACGAUAAUACAGCUGCUGGCAUGGCCAUGAACCAAGAGGAUAGCAUGUAUCUCACCCCAGCGACUUCGCCUACAAUAACAGUGCCAGGAGAGGAGGAAACGUUGUCAAACGAGCUAGACAAUGCCAACCUAGAAGAUGACGGGAUCAAACAAUCAUGGCAAACGAGGAACGGCGACAACGCUUCUUCUUGUCAAACAACUCUGGCACCUCUAAGAUCUAGCCACGUAGAGAAAGAGGAGGCUGAAACUAUGCCACAUGCUACAGAAGAUUUCGACCAUCAUGAUGGUGGGAUGGACAUUGAUUCACCCGAGGCACAGUCCCCGAAAGUGUCUCAGCAGAAGGCACUCUCUUCUAGUCCUACCUCAAGCAGAGCAACACCUGCACAAGAAGCGCUACCGUAUGGUUUAGCGAAGGUAGAUAUUUCACUCAACAGAGCGAGUAAAGUCCCUCGCUGGGACUUUACAGACAAACGUCCAACCAUGAAAUGUCCUUCCUCACUGUUCCAGCCCUACUCCAAGUAUGUUGGCACACAGCAGUCAGAUCGUCAGACAUAUAACGUCGAAGUGACGAUCUUGACGGUCGAUAUGGCGCAAAGCAGUAUCUCGGGUUAUUUGAUGAUCCGUGGCCUGACGCCUGAGCAUCCCAAGCUUCAAACCUUCUUCACUGGCCAGAUCGUCGGAGGCCCAAACCAAAGGUACAGCUUCAAAACCACGGAUCCUGCCUGGGGUGCAAACGAAAAAGUGGACCUUCAGCAUUGGCUCAGAUUCCCUCCUUGGAGACAGCUGACCUCCCAUGCCAAACGAGAUAUGAGUUUUGAAUUUCCACUUGACAACGAGCCAUGGUGGACACAAGACCAUGUUUUUAUGCGAUGGAAGGAGCACUUCCUUGUUCCUGAUCACAAGCAGAGUAAUAUUCAGGGAGCCAGCUUUGAGGGAUUCUACUAUAUCUGUUUGAACCAGAAAGAAGGCAAGAUCAGUGGAGUCUAUUUCCACAAGAAAAGCGAGAAAUAUCAACAACUAGAGCUAACUCACGUUACGAAGAAGGGGCUAGGAAUCUUUGGUACCUCUCCGCUCAUUGAACUCAGAUAA